ACUCCUGCGAGCGCGCGGCAGCGUCUUUACGCACGCUCACCUGCAGUGUCAAAGUUCAGAGGUCGGGUAAAGGUCGUGUUUUGAGUUCAUUUCCCACCACAAGCAAUGGCUUCCAUAAGUUGGUUAACAUGCAGGCGGUUUUCUCGGCUCGUGCGGCGGCCGCUGCUGCUGCAGUAUGUGUGGGCUCCAGCGCGAGCGCUUCACCGGGGGAGCGCGCGACGAGCGGCGGAGAAAACACCGCUGAACAGAUCACGAUCAUCACCGGAACAACAGUACUUCACUGAGCUAGACAGAGCUGAUGCGCUGAUGCUGCGGAAGUCUCAUGAAACAGGAUUUUUGUCCUGGUUCCGGAAUGGUCUCCUGGCAACAGGAAUCGGCGUUAUUGCGUUUGCGCAGAGUGAAGUGGGCCGAGAGGCCGGAUACGUGUUCUUCGUCCUGGGUGGAGUGUGUGUGUCAUUCGGCGGAGCGUCGUACGUGACCAGUCUUCUGACCCUGAGGAGGAUCAUGCUCCUCUCUCGGCUGACUGUGCUGCUCCAUGCGGGCCUGGUGUCCGUUGCCGCCCUCUUCUGGCUGUGUGCGGUAUCGCUCUACAUCGGCCGCCUGGAGUUGGAGAUUAUUCACGAGGAGGAUGAAGAAGAGCACGGGGGAGAUGAAGGCGGGGAGUGUGCAGAAUGCAGGGCGAGACGCAACGCUGAAGAAAAAGGCCAAGACAAGUGAGACGAGAGGAGACUCCCGAGUUCAAAUGGCCUUGUACACUGACUCACAGCCAGAUUUCUGUAUUCACAAGCUGUUUAAACAGCUUUAAGAGGAAAGGCGAAACUGGUUUGUGGAGUUGGGGCUUCUAUCAACAUAAUUGUGCUUGAUUUAUUGGGUUGAGCGAGUUUUUGUGUUUGUAAUAUUCCUGAACAUCAGAUGUCCCACUGCAUACAAAGUGUCAGUGACAUAAAUACAUAUUUUUCUUUUGCAAAAUUUUUGUUGGAUAUGGGGUGUGUGUGCUGGAACAUGAAAGGUAAUUUCUAAACUAGCACUUAUCAGGCAAGUAGUCAAGCAUCUUGGUUGUUCAACUGUUAUAAAUGGACAUGUUCACUAUAUUAUAUAGUGACGUGAUUCAGAAAUAAGUUUUGAUGAUUUUUUUUUUUGAUUUUUUUUUUUUAGUAACUCACUUUACAAUAAGGUUUUAUUUUCUAACAUUAGUUAAUGCAUUAAUAUUAUAAAUGAAUCAUAAAAAACUUUUUUUUUUACAGCAUUUAGGAAUACAACAUAUUAAUAUUAAAAACAAUAUUUAUAUUAAAUAUAUUUAAUUUAUAAUGUAUAACAAUUAUGGGUUUUAUAAUUAAAAUUUUUACAUUUAUAAUUUAAAUAUAAAUAUAUAAUUUAAAAAAAAAUUAUGUGUAGGAAUUAACAUUAAUCAAUAUGUGCUGUGAAAGUAAGUAACAAAUUGAACCUUAUUGUAAAGUGUGCUUUUAUAAUUCAUGUUUUCUACAUAGUAUAGCAUUUUUCCAUCUAUUUAGGCCUCGCUCAGGUUGAGAUUUAUUUUGAAAUGAUUACCUCAUGUCUCUCACAAUUCACUUCGGAUUUCCUGCUCUAGCGGUUACAGUCUUAUUUAAUAAAAUCACACCUUGCAGUUUUGAUAAGAACUUCUAGAUGUAGUCUUCUUCCUCAUGGCUUUUUCUCAACAGAGAUGUCAGCACAUCUUUUCUUUUGUUAUGCAUGAAUCCAAAGAUAUUGUUGGUACCUUUUUUUUACAGCAUGCAGUCAUGCCGGUUGCUGUCUUAGGUGUGUAGAUAUUCUGCUGAUGUGCGAUGUCGUGUCAGGCGUGUGUGUGCGGACCGCACAUGUGCUCAUACAGUCAUUCACUCUACUGGAGUGUGUCUAUGUUUACUUAUCAUUGAAUCAGCGCACACUAACAAUCAGUCAACUCUAUAGAUCAACUCUAGUUUAAUUGCUGUUUUUCCCUGUUCAAAGCAAAUACACAAAUCGUGCUGGACUACAAGAAGGAAUAAUUCAACAGUGUUAUCCAAAAUGUCCCUUACAGAUUAAAUUGUUGUAAAU